AUGGGUUUCCCUCGAACGACAAUCAACACCGCUAUCAAACGUUGUGAAAAGAAAAGAAAAACUAGUACUGCAAAACCAAAGACCAGGCCUGGGAGACCAAAGAAGCUCAGUGUCACAUACGUUGCAAGUCUUUGCUUGAGCGUGAGGCGUAACCUUUUUGAGAGUUAUGCAUAUCAUCAAAGGAAUCUGGCAGCUGCUGGUGUCAUCAUCUAUAGAUAUACAGUUAUCCGACACCUCAAGACUGAAAGUUUUUUGUUUUUGUUGUUCUUACACCCCUGUUUCGAAGCCAAACUUAACCCGAGAACAGAAGAAGAACCGGCUGCAGAAGUAUGGAAAAGGUCCAAGGAUGGUGUGGGGUUUUUCUGGGCUGGUGGGCUUGGCCCAUUAUCGUUUCUCGAAGGCUUUAUAGACCAAGACGCAUAUGUCAAUUGUUUAUCUAAGGACUUCAAUUCCUGGUAUAAGAAAUCGGAUGGUGAGCAGAAAAUUAUGUUUAUAUUUCAAGAAGAUGGUGCUAGUUGCCAUACUGGGUCUUAUACGACGUGGUGGAAAAACCGUUGGGAAAUUAAACGCUUUGACUACUGGCCAUCGCAAAGUCCGGGUUUGAACCCGAUCGAGCACGUCUGGCAUGCCCUAAAAGCCAAUCCCAAGGCUUGCAUUCUUCAGGAGUGGGAGAGAUUUGAUCCAGGGCUUCUUCGUACUCUUGUAGCGAGUAUGCCAGAUAGAAUCCGGGCAGUGAUAGAAGCUUCUGGGAACCACAUAACAUAUUAA